AGUAUUGCGAGACAAAGUAUCGCGAUUGUUCCGCAUUAGAUUAUAGUAGAACGGGGGCAACACGAAAAAAAAAAUCACAUAAAAAGCGCAAUUUACGCAAAUACAAAGACAGCGACAGACAUAAUCUGUGAGGCUGCUUUUAACACUUAAAACCCCAUUCGUGAGGUUAGAAGGCAGCAUGAAUUCCAAAUGGGAGCCAUUGUCACUACUGCUGCUGCUGUUCUUGGAGAUGAGCUAUGUGUCUCUUCAGGAAAGUAACAGGCCCAAUUUUGUCUUGAUUAUGGUGGAUGACCUGGGAAUUGGAGACUUGGGCUGUUAUGGCAAUAAGACACUGAGGACUCCCAAUAUUGACCAGCUGGCACGGGAAGGGGUAAAGCUGACCCACCACAUUGCUGCAGCUAGCCUCUGCACUCCCAGCAGGGCAGCGUUUCUCACCGGACGAUACCCAAUACGAUCAGGUAUAGCUGGUUAUGAAAGACCUGGAGUCUUUAUAUUUAAUGCAGCAUCUGGAGGUCUUCCCAGCCAAGAAAUUACCUUUGCUAAGAUUGCGAAACAGCAAGGCUACAAAACUGCUCUUAUAGGAAAAUGGCACCUAGGACUUAACUGUAAGAGCAGUGACGAUCACUGCCACCACCCCAGUGCUCACGGUUUCAAUUAUUUCUUCGGUAUCCCUUUGACCAACAUGCGAGACUGCUUGCCUGGACACGGCACUGUUUUCCAAAUCCAUAAAUAUUUACCAUACGGCACGCUGAGCAUUGUCUUGGUUACUGCAGUAGUACUCCACUACAUCGGUAUCAUCACCAUCCGCAGAAGGUUGAUUCUGAGCCUUCUAUCUCUGCUACUUUUGGUCACAUGCCUGAUACUGGGAUUCAUCAAGAUUAUACCAUACUUAAACUGUAUUCUCCUGAGGGACCACAGUAUAGUUGAGCAGCCGUUCACCUCUGAAAACCUAACGCAGAGCAUGACUCAUGAGGCAGUGGACUUCAUAGAAAGGAAUUCAGGAAGGCCUUUCCUGCUGUUUUUGUCUUUCCUUCAAGUACAUACAGCCAUGUUUGUUUCAGCGGCAUUCAGAGGAUCGAGCCGCCACGGGAUCUAUGGAGACGCCGUUCAUGAGGUGGACUGGAGUGUAGGUCAGAUCAUGGAAACACUGGACAGACUGGAGCUGAGCGACAACACUCUUGUUUACCUCACUUCAGAUCAAGGGGCGCAUCUGGAGGAGAUUUCUAGCAGUGGGGAGGUCCACGGAGGAUGGAAUGGGAUAUAUAAAGCAGGGAAAUCCACAAAUUGGGAAGGGGGGAUCCGGGUUCCAGGAAUUCUACGCUGGCCAGGGAUAAUCCCUGCUGGCAGGCAGAUAGAUGAACCCACCAGCCACAUGGACCUGUUUCCUACAGUGGUACAACUAAGUGGAGCUUCAGUCCCAGAGGACAGGCAGAUAGAUGGGCAUGACCUCAUGGAUUUGCUGCAGCAGAGAGUUGAAAGGUCGAACCACGAUUUUUUGUUCCAUUAUUGUAACGCCUACUUGAACGCUGUCAGAUGGCAUCCCCAAAACAGUAGCUCCGUGUGGAAAGCCCUUUACUUCACGCCAAACCUGUACUCAGGAGGCUGUUUCCACACACAUGUCUGCUUUUGCACUCCGGAAUUCGUGACCUACCACAAUCCUCCACUCCUCUAUGAUCUCUCGAGGGACCCGUCGGAGACAACAGCGCUGACUCCCGACACUGAACCGGCUUUUCACUCCAUCCUAGCUGCGAUGGAGGAGGCCGUGGAGACCCACCGGAAGUCGGUGAAGCCUGUGGAGAGUCAACUGACCAUAGGGCACCUGCUGUGGAAACCCUGGCUGCAGCCCUGCUGCUCCACGAUCACACAACUCUGUCAGUGUCAGCAGGACCAAUAGACUGAUUUCUGUGACUGUGUGUUUGUGUGUGUCUUUUAGUCAGUUUACUGCCAUCUGAACAAUGCCACCUUUCCUUAUUUUAAGAAAUCCAACAUGCGUAGUAUAAAAUGGACAAAAAAAUAAACAAAUCCUCAUGGGGAUGUUAAAUAGAGAAGGAUCAUUGGCGAGUUAUUUUUAUGACUAGGUCGAGGUCCACAACAGAACUGGAGACAAACAUAAACGGUUUAUUGACUGAAAAUCGAGGUGGUGGCUGAAAGGCGGUGUCUUCCAUCAUUAUCCAUAUGUCCUCAGUGUGCACGGUUUGGUCAAUUAAGCCCACGAGCCGCCCAAAGGCACAUCUGUUGUCACUGCAAGGUCAGUGGGAGUGCAAAGGGAUUACUGCCCUUUCUAAAGUUGAUGUCAGUGGAUAGAGAUGGCCAUCUCUUACUAUCUUAUCAAGGGUCGCCAGCUUUCAGUGAGUGGUUAUAUCCGUAUAGUAGAAUUCCAGUAGACACUUUACUAAAUGGAUGGACAUCUCAAAAAAAGCUAGUUUCCAGUUGCUAAGGUGCUGAAAUACCUAGCUGUUGUUUUCUAUAAUGAUGAGGCCUCAACCAUAAUGAGAUGUGGUUUCAGCGGAUGCUGCUGGAUGAUGCAUUUCUCACAGUGGCAAUUCCUGGCCAAGAAAAAACACUGCUUAUUAGGCUCAAGAGAACUCAUGCAGAUUAGCUAAUGACAUUGCCUGUGCAAAGGUAAAAAGAAAAAUCCUACAAGAAUAGAAUGAGGAAGGUUUUUUUGUUUUGUUUUAGCUUUUUCAACUACUUUACUUAAAUUUCUUACUGUAACUUGGGAGGAUAAUGCACAGGACAGGGUUUCCUGUCAGCUUUCUAUCAGACCCUAUUUCAUUGCUUCUACUGCCAGUGUAUAUCCAGCUGAUUAAAAUGAUUGAAUUGUAUUGAUGAUGUAGUUACCAAUCAGAAAUCCUGGUGAGGUUACAAGGAAGAAUACAAUACCACCAGAAGAAGACUGGAAGUUAGCUUCGAGGCAAAGUAGGGGCAUCGGAGAUAUAUAAAAGAUAUCCAGCAACACCAACGAUAUGUGACAGGUCCAUUAGCAUCACAGGCUACAAAGGUAAGAGUGCCCCGAAUGCGUGAGGCCAUGUUUCCAGAUGACUGAAAUACAUUUUGCACUCACUUUGAUCCCCUCAACAACACAUUAGCUUUAAAGUCAAACUGCCGUCAGAGGAGCUGCCACUGUCAAUAACCAUACUGUGAGUAGAACCAAGCUGUGAGUUAAGAUGAGUAACUCUGCUGGGCCUGAUAUCAUCCUAGUAUGUUACUACUGACAUUUCUCAUCAUAUCACAGAAGAAUGUUCUUCGACUGCUUCCAAUCUGUGCAAAGUGUUAGUUGUCAAAUAAUGUUAGUUGAAUGACUGUCGCCUCAAAUACAGCUCUGUGAACACUCAUAAUAAUAAAUAAUACACU